AUGUCAGACACCGGGUUACAGGGUCACGGCCCUCUGCAGCGGUGGGGAGUCGAUACACUCCAAUCGAGAGCCACGUAUAAUGUUAUGAUCUCGCUCUCUCGUCCCAUGUCGACCCACCUGGAUGGGGCGCGCAUGGACGGAGCUCAAGGUAGAGUCGAAAGAAUCCAGCAGAGGUGGUGGGAGAGCUUUCGUGGGUGGUAUUUCCAUUGCCGGGCAAAGACACAGAGCAUACGAGCGGAAAUUGAGGGGCUCUUUCUCCCAGCUCCCCUGGAAACUCUUAGAGAUUCCUGCGACAUGUGGAAAGUGGGGAGUCCCAGCUCAGUGUCCUUUAAAAGCAGUGAAUGUGAGGUGUGUGGUUCAUAUCUGUUGUGUUGUCAGAACAGUGAGUGCGAGGUGUGUGGUUCAUAUCUGUUGUGUUGUCAGAGCAGUGAAUGUGAGAGCAGUGAAUGUGAGGUGUGUGGUUCAUAUCUGUUGUGUUGUCAGAACAGUGAGUGCGAGAGCAGUGAAUGUGAGGUGUGUGGUUCAUAUCUGUUGUGUUGUCAGAACAGUGAGUGCGAGGUGUGUGGUUCAUAUCUGUUGUGUUGUCAGAGCAGUGAAUGUGAGAGCAGUGAAUGUGAGGUGUGUGGUUCAUAUCUGUUGUGUUGUCAGAACAGUGAGUGCGAGGUGUGUGGUUCAUAUCUGUUGUGUUGUCAGAGCAGUGAAUGUGAGAACAGUGAGUGCGAGGUGUGUGGUUCAUAUCUGUUGUGUUGUCAGAGCAGUGAAUGUGAGGUGUGUGGUUCAUAUCUGUUGUGUUGUCAGAGCAGUGAAUGUGAGAACAGUGAGUGCGAGGUGCAGAGGCUGCUGCAGAGGCUGGAGCAGAGACACGAGGAUCUGAGGAGGCUUCAGGAGGACAGGGAGCAUCUGCUGGAGCUGAGCCAGCAGGCCAUCGAGGACCUCCAGAGCGAGGAGGAGAAAGUGGAGCACCUCGUCCAACAGAAGAGCCAGCUGCAGAUGCACGCGCAAGAUUUGGAGUACCGGUUGGGUGAGCUGGAGAAAACCCACGGGAGUCAAAGAGGAGUAGGACGCAUGGAGCAGAGGAACGGCAUGGAUGGCAUCUUCAAAUGGAGAGAGGCUGAAGAGGCUCCGGACCACGACCUGCAGAGGAGGAGCCACGACCUGCAGGGGCGACUGGAGGAGCUGGAGGAGGAUCUGGAGGCCGAGCGCAGCAUGAGAGCCAAGGUGGAGAAGCAGAGGGCAGAGCUGAGCAGAGAGCUGGAUGAGCUGACGGAGCGCCUGGAGGAGGCUGGAGGCCUCUCUGUCUCGCAGAUGGAGCUGAACAAGAGGCGUGAGGCGGAGUUGGUGCGUUCUCGGCGGGAGCUGGAGGAGAGCACUGUCCAGUCCGAGGCCAUCCUCUCUGCAGUCAGGAAACGUCAUGCUGAAGCACUGUCCGAGCUGAGUGAGCAGUAUGGGGCUCUGCAGAGGACCAGGACCCGGCUGGAGAAGGACAAGCUGAAUCUGAGGGACGAGCUGGAGGAGACCGCGGCUUCACUGGACACGCUGCACAAAGCCAAGCUGUUGUCUGACUCCCAACUGAAGAAGAUGGAGGAGCAGCUGAGCGAGGCCAACAGGAGAGGAGACGACCUGCAGAGGGCGCUGUCUGAGUUCACUGCUGUCAAGAACAGACUCACAGCUGAUAACGCAGAUAUGAUGCGGCGCAUGGAUGAGGCGGAGGGCCGAGCCAAUCAGACAAGCCGAAACAACUCUCUUGUCCAAUCCCAGCUGGAGGAGCUCCGCAAGCAGUUGGAUGAGGAAGUCAAGGCUCGGCAGCAGAGCGCUCAUGUGAAGGAGCAGCUGGAGGAGGAGCAGGAGAGCAGACAGGAGCUGCAGAGGCUGGUGUCCAAACUCAACACUGAGCUGUCUCUGUGGAGGAGCAGGCAGGAGGCGGACGCACUGCAACACACCGAGGAGCUGCAGGAGGCCAGAAAGAAGCUGGCUGUGCGUCUCCAGGAGGCGGAGGAGGCCGUGGAGGCCACCCAGGCCAAGUGCUCUUCUCUGGAGAAAACUAAGCAGCGGCUUCAGGCGGAGCUGGACGAGCUGUGUGCGGAACUCGACAAGAAUCUCAAAGAAGCUGAAGCAAGCUGCUGCCGUUCAUUUGCGUCAGGCUUAGUGACUCUUCGAGAGUGGUUCAAGAGCAGGUUGCCAAGCAAGAAAAAACUGCUCUGA